AGACAAUUAUGGCUUUGGAAUGCCUUAACUGGUUCUGGUUUUGAAGAGGAUAAGAUUCAAAAAGAAGCUCUAAAUCUUUCUUCAGAAAUGCAACACUGGAGGAAGCAGAGUCAUUGAAGAGGGGGGUGGAUGUUUGGGAGUUGCGGCUGUGGUUAAACAGACGUGUCCCUUUGCGGGCCAAAAGACUUGUGGGGAGAGAGAGAAGAGCAAUAGUAGUGGUCCCUUCCCUUCUGAGAUGGAGGAGCUGAACAACUGAGCAAAUUCAAAACCUAUCUCCCCACAUCAACUUUCUCUUUUUGCUCCAUCCCCUGAAGAGAAUCCAUGUCUUCCCUUCAGAAGCAGCACAAGAUUGAGGAGAGUGAGGAGGAGUUGUUAAUGGUUCCUGAUAUAGAAGCAAGCACUGACCAUAGUGCCUAUAAUGUCACCCAUCCCGAGACUCAGAAGGGCCGCCGCCGUGGCCGUAACCCUUCGGACAAAGAGCACAGACGCCUCAAGAGGCUGCUGAGGAAUAGGGUGUCGGCUCAGCAAGCGAGAGAGAGGAAGAAGGUGUAUAUGAGUGACCUGGAAUCAAGGGCAAGGGAGUUGCAUGACACGAAUGCCCAACUCGAGGAGAAGAUCUCUACUCUGACUAACGAGAACUCCAUGCUCCGCAAGCUCCUCGUCAACUCAAGGCCCUAAUCAACACUUAACUCCUCCUGUCUCAAUCCCUCCUUCAUUUACUGCUCUGUUUCACUCGACCCAAGAAGAGCGCAUCACCUGCAAGGAUAGAUAAUCUCUUUUCAUAAAUUUUACUACUGCCUUUGAACCUUUUUUUUGGUGCAAAUUGUCCCGGCUUUGAAAGAGGCUAUUUUAGCUGGGAAUUAGGAAACUUUCAAAAGGGUUGUGACUGUGAUUGUUGGUAAAUUCUAGGGUGGCCAUUUUGGUAUCCGGUUCGAUUCUUUCGGUUUUAUAAAAAUAGAUACCAAUAGGUUAUUAUAUUA